AUAAUUAAAUCGCCCCUAAUACCAGAAAUUAGACUCUUUUGCAAAAGUAUAUCUGGAAUAUUUUGGAGAGUCGCUCUGAUUUUGAUUAGCGUGCCUGGUGGGCGUUUCGAGCACAGCGCCCUCUGGUGGCGUGUAUUGGUAUUAAUCGGUCAGGUGACCCCACCGUUGUAAAUAGACUUCAGCGAGCCUCUGCAGACAUGCCUUUUUAGUCCCUUUAAACCGCCAACAGCACAGCAAACGUUUCCGCUAGGGCUCAGUUUUUCUCCCGCACAGCUUUUCUGCCGCUCGUUGACGGAGCUGUAGGGAAUCAUGUACCGCUCUCUGUAUCCCUUCCGAUCCACGGAGCCCAACUCGCUGUACUUCGCGGCCGGAGAGAGCUUUCUCAUCCUGGAAAGGAGCAACAAACACUGGUGGCUGGGAUCCCGCUGCAGCUCGGGGGAGACCGGAUACAUCCCCUCUUCGUACAUCGAAAAAAUACAGGCUCCCGAGCAGGAUGAGGUGCUGCUGUCCAUCGACAGAGCCAUUGAGGGAAUCCACAACGUGGCCUUGAAAAACGGCGGCAAAUACAAUCUGGAGCAGCGGGACGUUCUGCAGAAGUUGAUCCAUCACAGGAAGGAGACUCUGGCCCGCAGAACCCCCUCCUCCGCGGGCCACAAACCGGGUCUGCCGUCGUCCAACAGCGAGAUUUCGCUCAGCCAGACCCCGCCUCCUCCUCCCAACGGCCUGAAACGGGAGUACGGGCGGCAGGGCAGCAUGCCGUUCUCGGGCAGCAUGGACAGCAUGCAGGGAGAGCAGGGCUUCUACCAGGUGCCGCCUCAGCCUCGGCGCGCUGCUCCCAUUACUCCACCCCCCCCGGAGAAGCGAGCAGACGGGCGUCGUCCAGAGCCAGAGGUCCCCUCUAGAGCCUCCUCUCUUCCUCCGUCCCCGGCCCCCUCCCUGACCAUCAGCGCUACCUCUGCAGAGCGUGGCUCCUCCCAAUCUCGCACCUCCUCCGAUGUCAGCCUGCCAAGUGCUUCCAGCACCCCCCCUCCUCCCGUGCCAUCCCGCGUGAAGCCCCAUGCAGACGUGCAGCCAUGCAACUCUCCUCUGCCGGCUCCUGCAAAGAAGAGCCCCGCGCCACAGCCCCCCCAGGCCGCCACUCCCCUCCAGCCGCCUGUGGCGAGCCUGCCGGAAACCGAAUGGCCCGUCGCCCCCCCUUCGAUGGCUGAAAGUCCACCCGGCAGCCCCACAUCCCUAGAACCAGUUCCUGCAACGAUGGGAGCAGAGCUGAUCGAGCUGGUGCGCAAGAACACGGGUCUGAGCUACGAGCUGUCGCGGGUGGCCGUGGGCGUGGUGGUCGGCCAUCUGCAGGCCGCUCUGCCUCAGGCGGCCUCCUCCCUGGAGCAAGUUCUAGUUUCAUUGGUGGAGAGCAAGGACCUGGGUGGCGCGCUCCCUCGGGGUCAGGUGUGUCAUGACGAGCAGCGCCUGGAGGUGAUCUUUGACGACCUGGCCCGUCGCCGUGACGACUCCCAGCAGCGCAGCUGGGCGCUCCACGAAGACCACGCCCUCAUCGCCUGCUACCUGGAGGAGCUGCUGAAGAUUCUGACGGACGCUGAUCCAGAGGUGUGUAAGAGGAUGUGCAAGGCCAACCACUGUGAGAACGUGCUGUCUCUGGUUUCUUAUUACCAGAUGGAGCACCGCGUGUCUCUGCGCCUGCUGCUGCUCAAAGUGUUCGGCGCCAUGUGCAGCCUGGAUGCCGCUCUCAUCUCCACCCUCCUGAACUCCAUCCUGCCCAUGGAGCUGGCCAGAGACCUCCAGACGGACACGCAGGAACACCAGAAGAUGUGCUACUCUGCUUUGGUCCUUACGAUGGUCCUCUCCAUGGGGGAGCAGGUGCCCUAUCGUCACUACGAGCACUUGAAUGCAGAAUUCAUCCGGUUUGUUCUGGGCGUCGUGGAGGACGGACUUCCCUCUGAUCCUACUGAGCAGUUACCUGACAUCUUCCUGAACCUCCUGCUGGCCUUUAACCUGCACCACACGGUCCCCAGCAGCAAUGUGCUGAUGCAGGAGGUGUACCAGAAAAAUGUCAGAGUCCUGACGGAGAAAGUCUUGCUGCUCCUCAACAGAGGCGACGACCCGGUGUGCAUGUUCAAACACACUCCACCAGCGCCGCACGCCGUCCUCAAGUUUCUGCAGGACGUCUUUGCUAGUCCAGAGACCGCCAACAUCUUCUACCGCACUGACAUGAUGGUGAUGAUCGACAUCGCAGUCCGACAAAUAUCGGAUCUGUCACCUGGAGACAAGCUGAGGAUGGAGUAUCUCUCUCUCAUGCACGCCAUCAUUCGCUCGACGGACUACUUGGAGCACCAGCACCGCCUCCGCGACCUGCAGGCGUCCCUGCAGAGGAUCCUCACCGAGGAGGAGGAGGAGGGAGAAGAGGAAGGGAGCGCCACAGCAAGGCAGAUGGAUAAGCUAAUCGUACAGCAGAUCUUCACGGAGUUCCCUCAGAUCUGUGAGGCCUAACACAUCAGCGUCAUGCUCACGCACUGCAGUCUGCUUCCGUUCACAGCAGGGGGCGAUCUGCGUUCAUCCCUGGAAGCCGUCACUUUCAUCUCUGGAUUAGACGUUUCGAAAUAGCUUGCAAGAAUAGAAAAUAUUGCAAUUGCACAAAAAAAGAGUAGAGAAACGACAAGAGUUUAAGCCAAACACCUGAUGUGCUGUCAAAGUGAAUUCCCAGCAAUAACCAUAUCCAGUUUCCAUGGACUAACUGCAUGUGUUCUGUAGGAUUUCAUUGUUCAUCACCUUCUGGCUGAUUUCAGGGGAAGUGUGAAGGUUUGGGUGAAGCAGGUCUGUGAGGAGAGGAGGUGCCAUGAGUUCAGUGCUGACUGAGAACCUGUUUGUUAGUCCUUGAAUUGGGACCAAACUACUGUGUUACUGAGAGUAUUAUUUUCUUAGCUGGAUGCUGCACUCUUAAUGUCUUCUCUUUUUUCAUUCAUAUCUUAAAGUCAGGUUAGUUAGAAACCAUGACGAAGUUUACGUGUUCUGAGGCAAGGAGCCAAACAAAUCUGAAGCUGCUGAUCGCUGCUGCGUUUGAGUCUGCUGUGCUUCUGCAGCUUUCUCCGCCUGCUGCUUCUCUGACGUUCGGCUGUAAGCGCUCACUCUUUGCUAACUUAAGGCUCCUGGAGCAUCAGAAUUGAUCCUGAAGCCGUCUGUGCUGCAUCAAGGCUUUAUGACAACAGAGUUUUCGGCUGACGUGAAGCGUUCUGCAGGUAUUCUCUGUGCUCUAGCAUCAAGCAGCGUUGUUCAGUUAGAACUCAGUCCUCCUGCUGAGGAUCAGAACAAAAUCACGAGACGUCGUUUUUGUUUGCGACACUUUCUGUUGGACUUAACGUGUUCCUGUUGUUUUCCUCAUUUUGAUCCAGUAAUGUUCUUGCCUGAUCCUCUCUGACUCCAACCCUGGCAUGACGUCACAUGAAAGAUACUAGAGUACGACUCCAUGUUUGUGUGUGCGCGUAUGUGUAUGUGUGCGUGAGAGAGGGUUAAAUGUAAUGUAGGACAGUUUUUUUUCGCCUGUGUAACACUGAGUCUAAUAAAACUCUAUUUUAACAGAGAAA